CUGGCGUUUUGUCCUCUCACUCUCUCACUUUUCUCUCUAGAUAUCAAAGGGGAGAAAAACAUUAGGGUUUUAGAGUGAGGAGAAAACAGAGAGAAAGGGAGCAAGAUAGAGAGAAGAGAAGAGACCAAAUUUUAGGGUUAGGGUUCUCUUUUUCUUGUUUGGUGUAAGAAAAAAAAUAAUGGUGGCGGACAAAGGAAAGAAGGUGAAAGUAGCAGAGAAAGGAGAAGAAGAGAACUCUGAAAAUAUCGAUGGAGACCUCGUUCUUUCCAUCGAGAAGCUUCAAGAGAUCCAAGACGAGCUCGAGAAGAUCAACGAGGAGGCAAGUGAGAAAGUCUUGGAAGUGGAGCAGAAGUACAAUGAGAUACGCAAGCCGGUCUAUGAUAAACGGAAUUACAUCAUCAAGUCGAUUCCUGAUUUCUGGUUAACAGCUUUCUUGAGCCAUCCUGCUCUUGGUGAACUUUUGACUGAAGAGGAUCAGAAGAUAUUCAAGCACAUUAGCUCGCUUGAAGUGGAGGAUUUUAAAGAUCUGAAAUCUGGAUAUUCUAUCAUGUUUAACUUCAAUCCCAAUCCAUAUUUUGAAGAUACUAAGGUUACAAAGACCUUUACCUUCCUUGAUGAAGGAACCAAAAUAACUGCCACCCAAAUCAAGUGGAAGGAGGGCAUGGGCUUGCCAAAUGGAGUUAAUCAUGAGAAGAAAGGAAACAAGCGGCAAUUUGCUGAAGAAAGCUUCUUUACCUGGUUUACCGAUGCUCAGCAGAAAGAUGACAUGGAUGAAAUUCAUGAUGAGGUGGCAGAGAUUAUCAAGGAGGAUUUAUGGCCCAAUCCUCUUACUUAUUUCAACAAUGAGGCUGAUGAAGAGGACUUUGAUGGCAAUGAAGAGGGAAAAGAUGAAGAUGACUUUGAUGACGAUGAUGAUCAAGACGAUGAGGAUGAUGACGAUGAUGGUGAUGAUGACGAUAACUAAAAUCACUUCUGGCCUUUGCGUGCUUUGCUUAAGUAAGAACUUGUGUAAAGUUGUCUUUUAGUGGUUGCUAAGUAAGGUUAGGGGAGGAUAACCAUCUUUAAGAUAGCUGUCUCUGCUGUAUAAGCAAGCAACUGGCAUUAUUGUCAGCAUAGCUCUGACUCGUUUCCUUUUGUCUAUCCCUCUUUUACCUUUUUUUUUUUUUUUUUUUUUUGUCAUUGUUUCUCUGGUUUCCUCCCCAAUGAUAUUGGAAUGCGGGCAUUUCAUCUAUAGUAUUGUUUAAACUCCGUUAAUUAGUAGAGAAAAAUUAUAUUAUGGUAUGUAAAAUGCAGAAUAGAUUAUAGUUAUGGCGUUGAGCUUGACAUCUUUAUGAAUUUGAGUACUAUUUAGUGAUUGUUUCUACAAUGUACUGAAGCGCCCUCUUUCUGUUUCUUGCCAAAAUAAUUACAAGAUCCAAGAGUUUUUUCAACCAUGUGACAGAACUCUCCGGAACGAUUAAAAGGUAUACAGAGGUAAAUUUGAAGUUUAUCUAUGAUUAAUGACCCGUUUGAAUUUUAGUGAACCUCGGGUUGAAUUCAGUCUUUUUUUUUUUUUUGGUUGUCAAUCUUUGAGCAUGAGUUGAAUUCAAUCUUUUUUUGGGUUAACGGCACCAUGAGUGCAGUUUUGUUGAAUUCAGUCUUUGAGUAUGCGACAAGGAACUCUGCGGAAGGAUUAAAAGGUGCACAGUUUUGUUGUAGAUUGUUCCUUCUAGAAGGCCCUAAAUUUGAAGUUUAUCUAUGGUGUAUCCCCCGGUUGGAUUUCACUGUACCUCGUGUUGAGCUCAGUCUUCUUUUUUUC